CAGCCCACUUCCUCCCACACACGACUUUGAGGUUUGGGACUGCUCGGGACACCAAGGAAUAAGAGGGAUUUCAGAGCAAGAAGAAUAAUUGAGACGAGGCCUAAGGAAACUGGACAAGCCCUGCAGCCUAGUACUGGGUUCAUCAUACUCUGGCAAUGUCAGUGAGAGCUGUGCUUUCAGAAGGAAUCAGCCUCUAACAGAGAAAUAGUUUAUGUAACCAGCUAUGUACCUGUUUUAUACAUGGGGAAGCCAUGAAGUUUACCAGGGAAAACAAUGGAGCUGCAUAAAAAUUUGGAUAAUUUUUGGCUUGUUUAAAAGAACCUGUGUAGCAAAUCCUUCGAAACCCAAUUUUUUGUUGAUACUGGCUGAUGAUCUUGGUAUUGGAGAUGUGGGUUGCUAUGGCAAUGAUACAAUAAGGACCCCAAACAUUGACCGCCUGGCAAAGGAAGGAGUGAGACUUACUCAGCACAUUGCUGCAGCUGCUGUCUGUACUCCAAGCAGAGCAGCUUUCCUGACUGGCAGAUACCCCAUCAGAUCAGGCAUGGCAUCCAACACUCAACGGCAGGUUCUAUUUUGGAAUGGGUGUUCCGGGGGGCUCCCACCAAAUGAAACGACUUUUGCCAGAAUACUGCACCAGCAAGGUUAUUCUACAGCACUUCUGGGGAAGUGGCAUAUGGGUGUGAACUGCAAAUAUCGUCGUGAUCACUGCCACCAUCCUUUAAAUCAUGGUUUUGAUUAUUUUUAUGGCAUGCCUUUUACCCUUUUGAAUGAGUGUCAAGGCACAGAUGACCCUGAACUGGCCAAGUCUUUGCAAGAUACAUAUUGGCUUUACACACAGAUGAUCAUCCUUGCAGUGCUUACCCUUUUGACUGGAAAACUUACUAAUAUCUUCUCAGUAAAAUGGAAAGUGAUCGUAUGUCUGGCCAUCUGUGGUCUCCUGUAUUUCAUCACCUGGUUUUCCAGCUAUGGUUUUACCAAGUACUGGAACUGUAUCCUGAUGAGAAAUCAUGAUAUCACUGAACAACCAAUGAAUCUAGAAAAAACGGCUUCUAAUAUGCUGAAAGAGACAGUUUCAUUCAUUGAAAGAAACAAGCACAGACCAUUUCUUCUAUUUGUUUCCCUUUUACAUGUUCACACUCCUCUCAUUACCACAGAGAAGUUUCAAGGAAGAAGCAGACAUGGCCUAUAUGGAGAUAAUGUAGAGGAGAUGGACUGGAUGGUGGGCAGGCUUUUGGAUGUUAUUGACAAUGAAGGCUUGAAGAAUACCACAUUCAUUUACUUUGCAUCUGAUCAUGGAGGAUCCUUAGAGGCUCACAGAGGAAAUGCUCGGUUGGGUGGAUGGAAUGGGAUCUAUAAAGGUGGAAAAGGAAUGGGAGGCUGGGAAGGAGGGAUCCGUGUCCCAGGAAUAGUCAGAUGGCCAGGAGUGUUGCCUGCAGGGACAGUUAUCAAUGAGCUGACAAGCCUUAUGGAUAUUUUUCCAACAGUGGUUCAACUGGCUGGAGGGUCAGUGCCUCAGGACAGGGUCAUUGAUGGGCUCACCCUGGUGCCAUUGCUGCGAGGGACAGCUCAGCACUCCGGGCACGAGUUCUUGUUUCACUACUGCGGGGUGUUUCUGCAUGCAGUGCGGUGGCACCAAAGGGACAGUGGCACGGUAUGGAAGGCUCAUUAUACUACUCCAGUAUUCCAACCAGAAGCCUCUGGGGCCUGUUUUGGAAGAGGAAUCUGCCCGUGUUUCGGGGAUGGUGUAACCCAUCAUGACCCUCCACUGCUGUUUGAUCUCUCCCGAGAUCCUUCUGAGGCAAAUCCUCUAUCAACUGACACUGAGCCCUUGUUUGAUACUAUAACAAGGAGAAUAGAAGAAGCUAUAGAAGAGCAUCGCAAGACCCUGACCCCAGUCCCACAGCAGCUCUCUCCUUACAAUAAUAUAUGGAAGCCAUGGCUGCAGCCGUGCUGUGGCACAUUUCCAUUCUGUUGGUGUGAUGAAGAAAACAACAAAGCAGGUGGUGUAGCUUAAUACCAAAAUCCAAGUAUGAUUAUCUUAUAAAAGACAGUAGUUUUCACAUUCACAUGACUACAGUCAUACAGAGACAUGGGGCAAAUUACACUGGAACAAAAGGGAUGUUAUUGGUGCUUUUUAUUCAAACUUUCUCUCAUUCACAAACAUUCAACAAGCCUGUAGUUUAAAAAAAACAAA